AUGACGUCCGAUUCGAAGCAAGAAACAAAAUGUUCAAGUCCCAUUUGUUUGGACCCACUAAUUGAUCCGUAUACGCAUACGUCUUGUGAUAAUUCAUUUUGUAACAAAUGUAUUAAAAAACUUCGAACAUGUCCAUUUUGUCGAUCAACUAUUUUAAAUUCAACAAAUCUCAAAAUGACAAAUCGUGCACUACGAAAUAUCUUAGAUGAAUUGGCCGUUCAAUGUAAUGUUUGCAAACAAAUUUUACAACGUGGAGAUUUUUCCUAUCAUUGUAAAGAAAAUUGUCUACCACGUUCAUUUAUAACACAUCAUCAAGAAGAAGAAAUAGCAGCUAUGUCUGAAAUUUGUAAAACAACAUUAGGCGAUAGAGAAAGUGGAUUAACUCGUGAUGAAUAUGAUCAACAUCUUUCAAAUGUAUAUCGAAGAAUACAUAAAUUAGAAACCGAAUUAUUUGAAUUAAAGAAAGCUAUUUAUUUUUGUAUAUUUGUUAUUGCUUGUCUAUUGACAAUCAUUUUUUUUGAUGAAAAAAAGUCAACGUCCAAUAAUCAAGGUGAAACUCGAAGUAGCGGCAAAUUAGAUAAAAGUGGAUCAACAGCAGAGAAACAACAACAGAAAGGAUCGACAAAAUCAAAAAGAGAUCAUCAGGAUACAGAUCAACCAGGGGUAACACCACGUGAUUGGCAAUCGGGACAAAAACCUAUUGGAAAUGAUCCAAAGUAUGGAACGGGAGCAUCAAAUGAGCCUAAUCCUGGAAAAACCACUUGA